AUGAACAAAUUAGUAGUAUAACAAGUUAAGAGUAUUUUCAAUAGUCUUCCUAAUAAAGAUUUAGAUAAAUUGCUGAAUUUGUUACUUGCUGCAGGAAUAACAAAAAAUUAAAAAUAAGUUGGUUAUAAAUGUGUUGAAUGUAAUAUUAUGUAUGAAUUAUCAAAUAAAUAAAAAGGUUCAAAGGUAUAAAUGCCAGUGGUUUUGGUAGAGAUGAAAUUGAAGCAAUUCAUAUUUGUUUAAAGAAUUUUAUAGAUUAGAUGUUAGAAGAAGAAGGACAUUUAUCAUUCCUUAGAAAUAUUUUAAGAGAACUAAAAUAACUAGAUUUUUAGGAAUAAGAUAUUGAAUAUUUAUAAUAGAAAAUAGGCAAUAUUUCAAUAAUCUAAAAUAAUCAAAAUUAUUAGACUGUAGAUAGUUUGUUAAAUGGAGAAAAUGAAUAAAUUUUAGGUUAAAUUGUUGAUAAUAAACCUAAAAAAAUUGAAACCCAAUUAGAUAACAGUAAUAAAGAAAACAAUUAAAAUUAAUAUUUGAAAUGUUGUAGUCAUGAAUAAGAAUUGAAAAAAGAGAAAAUGAGAGUUGAACAUUUAGAAUUAAGAAUAAAAUUGAUUUUAGAAGAAAAUAGAAUUUUGAAAUCAAUUCUUAAUGAAAAGAAAGAGAGUGCAAGACAAGAAAGUAAUAGAGAAGGUGAUACUAAAAGAAUUCGUUAAUAAGCUAGAUCAAGUAGUGUAAAAAUGGGUAAAAUUUAGUAAAUAAAUGGAGUGCCUAAAUUAAAUCUAGAUGCACUUCCAACCUAUAUUGGCAAAUAGAAAACAUUAUUUUGA